AUGUCGAAAGGACCAGCCAUUGGGAUCGAUCUUGGUACCACGUACUCCUGUGUUGGAGUUUUUCAACAUGGAAAAGUGGAAAUCAUCGCGAACGAUCAAGGAAACCGAACAACACCGAGUUAUGUGGCCUUCACGGAAACCGAACGAUUGAUCGGAGAUCCUGCGAAAAACCAAGUCGCUAUGAAUCCAACUAAUACGAUUUUUGGUAAGCUUUGAACGAAUUGCGUGAGCUUUGAAUGCAUCGGUUGUAAUUGUAGCGCUUUUUGCUAUUUACAGAUGCGAAGCGUCUGAUCGGACGAAGAUUUGAUGAUCCCGCUGUCCAAUCCGACAUGACACACUGGCCAUUUCAGGUAAGAUUCUGGUGGAUUUUUUACAUUUGAAAAGAAAGGGACCUAGAAGACGAUAGCUCAGAAAGCCGGAGGCUAAUUAGAUUUUUCGCACAUAUUGUAGGGAGUUGUACAAUGCCAUGUUUCUGGAUGUUACUGUUCGCUAACUAUUGUAAACAGGAAGGCAAGGUUUAAUUUAAUUGUCUCUAUGUAGACGCUUUUGUGAGCAGUUUUCAAGAAGAAGUAUUUCUUUUUCGGAUAGGUGGUCAACGAGUCUGGCAGACCUAAGAUACGUGUGGAUUACAAGGGAGAAACCAAAACAUUCUACGCGGAGGAGGUACGCUUAAGUAAAUUGUACGGAUAAAUUGAUUUUCUGUUAAAGGUAUAAAUUAUAUUGUUUCGCAAAUAUUUAGUCAAUUAUGCAUGACCAGCGAAUUUUCUGGAAUUUUCCCAGUUGCUUAUAGAAGAAUUUAAUCCUGUUUAUAAUCUCAGGGAUAGAGUACAGAUUUUUUCAAGUCAAGUCGUGAUGUGGAAAGUGAAAGUGAAAGAGUCCCUAAAGUACCCCUGCUGUUCUUGAGAUUUAAGCGUUAGGACAAAAAAAAAGUGUUAUGUGCUAACUAUUUCUGCAUGUAUGAGUAUGUUGCACUUAAAUGUUUUCCCUCCAGGUAAAAUUGCAAAACUUAGAUCCCACGAAAGAUUGUGCUGAAAGGAUAAACCAGGCUGAAUUAUAGAAAUGAUUUGACAAGAGUGUCCAUUAUUUUCCACUGACAGAUUUCCUCCAUGGUGUUAACAAAAAUGAAAGAAACAGCAGAAGCUUACCUUGGUAAAACUGUCACUGAUGCCGUCGUCACAGUGCCUGCAUAUUUUAAUGACUCCCAGCGUCAGGCCACCAAAGAUGCUGGUAAGUAAGCCCUAGUAUCAAAGUACAUAUUCUCAUUACUGAUCUCUAUACAAUAUUGUUUUAAGACUAAGGAGAAGAAUAUGUUUACAAAUCAGGAAAUUUGAUUGUGAACAAUAUCCCAAUUUUCUUUAAUUUCUGGUAGCCCUCAUAAAACAUUGCAACCUCUGUGAAAAUAUCAUGCAGUUCUCCCUCCUCCUCCUUUACAAUGUUGACUCUAGGAAAAAUUCGGGCGGGGGGGGUGGAAGGAGUUGUGAGCAUGUGGGAAUUAAAGAAAGUCCCACAAACGCAAAUGUGUCCCAAGACUAUUGCCCAUGAUUGUAGUCAUUCUAAUUCUUAAGGAGAAAAGGCUCAAAAGUGCGAAAAACCUUAGUAAAACACGUCCAACUUGGCUAUGUUUCAAACCCUUCUAACCUAGUUUGUAAAGGAUUCCAAACAAUCUGUGAAGAAAAAUGGUUUGCAAAGAGUUUGCCAAAUUCUUCAAAAGGGUUUGUAAAAGGUUUCAACCCUCUCAAACCUAGUUUGAAGGGCACCUCAAACCCCCCAAAUCAGCGUGCAAAGAAAGUAGUGUCUGAUAGCCCGGUGCAAGUGGAUUUUGCUAUCGGGCUAGUGAAGUCUGUUGUUAACUUGCCCGAUGAGCAAGUGAAGUUUUUUGAGGAAUUCAAAUUACUUAACAACUGUGUAAUCAAUCUUGCUUAUCGAAAAGUUUUUGGGGCUAUUUGAAAUGAAUUUUGGACUAGUACAUGCUAGGUACAGCUCGCCUGAAUGGCAAGCUGUAAAACUGACUUUCUUUGCACGCUGAAGAUGCUUUUGUGAGAAAAUGUGUUUUGAUAUGGAGGUCAUGUACAGCUUUUUUUUCCUUGUAGGCGUAAUCGCUGGUCUCAAUGUCCUGCGUAUCAUCAAUGAGCCAACAGCGGCUGCUAUAGCCUAUGGCCUUGACAAGAAAGUUGGAGCUGAGCGGAAUGUCCUGAUCUUUGAUCUGGGAGGAGGGACAUUUGAUGUUUCUAUUCUGAGCAUUGAAGAAGGAAUCUUUGAAGUCAAGUCAACAGCAGGGGACACCCACUUGGGAGGAGAAGACUUUGACAACAGGGUCGUGGACCACUUUGUGGAAGAAUUCAAAAGGAAGUAUAAGAAAGACCUGACCACUAACAAACGUGCACUGCGACGCUUGCGCACUGCAUGUGAACGGGCCAAGAGGACCCUGUCUUCUAGCACACAAAGCAGCAUCGAGAUUGACUCCCUGUUUGAGGGAAUAGACUUCUACACGACACUCACCAGAGCCAAGUUUGAAUCUUUAAAUGCAAGAUACUUCGAAGACACACUGAAGCCAGUUGAGAAGGCACUACGUGAUGCUAGUCUCUCCAAGCCUCAGAUUCAUGAAGUAGUGCUGGUUGGCGGCUCCACUCGUAUCCCGAAGAUUCAGGAGCACCUCUCCAAAUUUUUUGACAAUAGGGAGCUCAACAAGAGCAUCAACCCUGACGAAGCUGUAGCCUAUGGAGCUGCAGUACAAGCUGCCAUCCUGAGUGGUGAUAAGAGCAGCGAAGUCCAGGACCUGUUGCUUUUAGAUGUCACCCCCUUGUCGCUGGGAAUAGAGACGGCUGGUGGUGUCAUGACGACGCUCAUCAAGCGCAACACAACAAUACCCACCAAACAGACACAGAGCUUUACCACUUAUUCAGACAACCAGACCAGUGUGCUUAUCCAGGUAAUUGAGCCUUUUUUGAUUAAGAAACAAAGCAAAUUAAAAACCUGAUAAUAAUAUCACUAGUUUUGAGAAAUAUGUCUGAAGACUAUCAAAACUGUCAUCUUCUGUAAGAAAUUUGGCUAUGUCUUAAGGUUGAAACACACCAUUUGACAUGAAGUUGGUGGCAAAUCACUCCUUCUGCACAGGUCAGACGACAAGUGCCAGUGGCAAAUUGCUUUGUGUAGAGAAGAAUUUUUGUGCAAAUCUUUUUAUCUGUGACAAAAUUCUGUCGUGGAAAGUAAGAGUUGAACAAAACUUCUCUAGUACACACAAAGAAAUAUGUCGAUAUGACGUUACGACGUGAAAAAUUUUAUUUAUUAAUUUUUGACCAUUUCUAGUCCAAUGAAUUUUGUCAAGAUUUUUUGUAAUUUUGAUAUAUUGACAAAGUAAUUCUACCCCAAAACAUUUCUUUUUUUGAGGGGGUCAUCGAAUCCUACCAUCCCCUUCUACCCGUAAAAAACUUUAAUGUUCCCUUAUGGUAGAAGUGCGACAGAGACAUCAUGAUAAGUGCUCCAUGCCUUCUUUAUUAAUACUAAUAUUGGUUGAAAUAAUCAGCAUGACCAUGGUCAUAGGAAAGGCUUUGCUCCAAGAAAAAUUGAAAGUAGCCCAUUCGUCUGAACUUGUGAAAUCCAGGCCAUCUGGCAUAUGAUUUGUAUAUAAAACACUAAGAUUUUCUAGUCACCCAGGAGCAAAAGCUGGGUGCUACAGCCCAACAGGCUCUGCUAGAGCACAGCCUUGUAAGGUGGAGCAAGGCCUAAAGGCUGGUUUUCACUGGUAUCGGAGUCAUAAUCAGAAGCAUGGAACUUUAUGAUUUAGUGAAAACAGUGUUCUGAUUCAUCUGAUUCUGCUUAUGACUCUGUCGCUUACGAUCAAGUGAAAACUGGAUUGUCUGGGUUACAAGCAGAAGCGGAGGAACCUAAAGCAAUCUCAAAGCAUGAGAAUGUGCAUUGUGAUUGGUUUAUCCUUCUGCUUGUUCUUCCAAUGCUGACAAUCUGGUUUUCACUAGAUCACAAGUGGAUCACAAGUGAUGGGGUUGUGGGAAGAAAAUGGAGAUUCUUCUGACUCUGUUUCCGUUGUGCUUACGACUUACGACUUCCCUUAUGACUCUGACUCUGUCGCUAGUUAAAACCAGCCUUAAUAUAAUGUUUAUUAUAAAAAUGUUAAUUUUUUCAGGUAUUUGAGGGGGAGAGAGGCAUGACAUCUGGCAACAACCUCCUUGGAAAGUUUGAGCUGUCUGGGAUCCCCCCUGCUCCGCGGGGUGUUCCACAAAUUGAAAUCACCUACGACAUUGAUGCAAAUGGCAUCUUAAAUGUGUCGGCUGUAGACAAGAGUACAGGACGUGAAAACAAGAUCACCAUUACUAAUGACAAGGGCCGCCUGUCCAAGGACGAUAUUGAUCGGAUGGUCCGAGAGGCAGAGAAGUACAAGGCUGAAGAUGAUUUACAAAGAGACAAAAUCCAGGCUAAGAACUCGCUUGAAAGUUAUGCUUACCACAUGAAGAGCACAGUAGAGGAUGACAAGGUUAAUCAUAAUUCCGUAGUAAAUUAUAAAUAAUCGUUCCUUUUAUCAUUUGCAGCGUGCAAAGAAAGUAGUGUCCGAUAGCCCGGGGCUAGUGGAUUUUUCUAUCAGGCUAGUGAAUUCUGUUUUUAACUUGCCCGAUGGGCAAUUGAUGUUUUUUGAGGAAUUUGAAUAACAGAAGAACUGUGAAAUCAAUUCUGCUCAUCAAAAAGCUUUCGGGGCUAGUUGAAAUGACUUCUGGGCUAGUAAGUGCUAGCGGGCAAACUGUAAAAAUGAUUGUCUUUGCACCCUGAUUUGGAUCCCAAUGGGUAAACUUAUUCUAAAAGGAGCACUUAAUGGGGCAACUUGUUCAGCUUUUCCUGUAACAAACUGAAUGUAUAAAUGCAAAUGUUGCGUCAAUGUAAAAGAUGAUACUUGAUUGACACCAAGCUUUACUGCAGUCAGACUCUAUUUGUGGGAAAUAAGUUGUUCUAUGUACAGUGUAUUCCCUUAUUCCAGUUUCUGAGCAAAUCUUGCAGACACUGCUAUAGGAUUCACUGGGUGUGUUUCUUUGGGAUGAUCCACAUCGGGAUCAGUAAUCCAGGAUCACUCGGAUCAUGGCACAUCAAAGGAACUAAUGAAUCCACCCUACCAUGAUCUGAGUGAUCUCAGAUCAAUGACCCUGAUCUGCAUCAUCCCAAAAGAAUGCACCCACAAAGUACAUCAUUCAAACGGUUUCUCUGACAUUGAAACCAUGCUAGGAACCAUGCUGUUGGUUGGCUUUUGUAACAAGGUGUUUACAUUUUACUCCACAGGUGAAAGACAAGAUCUCAGAGUCUGACCGAGACAUGAUUGUUGAGAAAUGUAAAGAAGCUCUCAGCUGGCUGGAGGAGAAUCCAGAAGCAAGUAAAGAUGAAUAUGAACGAAAACAGAAGGAACUAGAGGGUGUCUGUAAUCCUGUAAUUACAAAGCUAUACCAGGGCGCUGGUGGUGGUGCUCCUCCACCCCCUGGGGCGGGAGGCUUUUCUCAAGGGGGUGGGGCUGAUUCCUCUCAGUCUGGUGGACCUACUAUUGAAGAAGUUGACUAAAAAUUUCUAUAAUCAGAGUUCUGGAGUGUAGCUACUGUAGGCUAGGUUGAGUGUCGUGCUUUCAUGGGCAGUUUAUGCCAUCUUAGCUUACCAUCAAGAUAGUAAUGUCAUAGUUCAAGAUGUCUUGAAUUCUGUAUUACAUUUUUGUAGUGUUGGUGACUUAAUAAAAUGGCCUUGCGGUUUUUCAAAGGGGUACUUCACCCAUCUUUCCACCUCAUCCAAGGCACUUCUUUUGCUCUGUUUUGGAAAUUCAAUUGUUACUGAUCCCUUAAGUAAUCAUAAUUACAGUAGUGCAAAGAAUUCAUACAGGGCCAUCAACAUUAAUUGGCUAAUCCAAGAUCCCAUUGAUUGCCAAGGUGUUUUAACUUGGUUAUUUAUCAGCCAAUUAAUAGGAAUAUCUCUUUGAAAGUUAAAGUGGUGGUGGUCCUGCUUGAGUUUGUUAUGCUGUACAAACUAUUUAAACCUUUAUUGCUAGCCUUAGCCCUUUAAGCCCCAAUAUCCACAUACAAAUUCUCCAAACUGAUCUCUAUACAUGUCCUUCAUGGAUGAGUUGGGAGAAUUUGAUAAAAGAUGAAAAGCAUUUUCCCUCUGGUGAUCAUUUUAAUAAUUCUCAUAACCUAAUCUCUUGACGUUGCAUGGAUAUUGUUAGGAGAAAAUUGAUGUUGGUCACUAUUGGGACUUAAAGGGUUAAUACCAGUGUGUGUAUUCUCUGUGUGAUGCUCCUAAGGACCAUCAGGAUCUUAUUCUAGUGAGGAAAACCACUUUGUAGACUCCUGUUUCUGGGCAAUUCUUAAUUUUUGCUCAAAACUAGUGCAGGGCAGCGCUAGCCUACCUCAAAGACAUAAUCUAACCCUUGUUAGAGACAUCUGCGAAGCAACACUGAGAUCCAUUUCCUGGGCCUUGUUUUGUUAGUAUUGCGGGCUAGACAGCCCUGGAUUUCAAAUUUUUCAGAGCUUUUGUACUCCCUAA